AUGGGUGUCGGCCGUCGCAUGAAGAAGCAGGGCAUGCCCGAGGCUUUGUCCGAAGAACAUUUUGCCAACCUCAAGCGCAAAAAGGGACUUCCCGUCGACGAUGCCCCUGCCGCCGAUGCACCGACGAGCAAGAAGAGGAGGACUUCCAAGAAGGGAGACCAGUCGCCCAAGACACCGGCGAAAGGGAAAAUCAAUGCAAAGAACGCCGGCUCGACGCCGGCGGCAAAGAAGCCCAACGGCGCAAAAGCAGCAAGCCCGGCCUCCACCAAGUCCGCCAAGAAGUCUGGCAAGUCAAAGUCAAAGGCUGCUCUCGAUUCGGAUGAUGACCCGCUAGACGAUUCGGAUGACGAGAUCGAAUCGCUCGGUGACCUCGAUCUGGAGGACGACGAGCUUGGCGGCGCCAAACUCAGAGACGACUUCCUCGACGACGAUGAUGAUUCGGUCUUCGACUCGGACGAAGAGGCAGGGAAGAAGCAGAAGUUUGUCUUCUCCGAGGACGAGGAUGACGACUCAGACAGGGAGGAAAGGCUGACUGCGGCCAACAUCGAGGGUCUGUCGAGGGUGCUGGACAAGCAGUUGGAGGAAGAGGCUGCCGAGAACGAGGAAGAGAUGCGCGAGGAUGCCCUCCAAACCAACAUCGCCGACGACAAGCCGCAUGUUCUCGAGUCCGACGACGAUGAGGUUAUGCCCAAGGCCAAAGCACUGCUGGCACCUGACCUUCAGAUGCUGCGCACCAGGAUAACAGAUACUGUCCGCGUACUGGAGGACUUUGCAAACCUGUCUGAGGAGGGGCGGAGUCGUGCAGAGUACAGCAACCAGCUACUCAAGGACAUAUGCGCCUACUAUGGCUACAGCGAAUAUCUCGCCCAGAAGCUGAUGGACCUUUUCCCUGCCCGUGAGGCCUUUGCCUUUUUCGAGGCCAACGAGACGCCCCGUCCGGUGGUCAUCCGUACCAACACGCUGCGGACCAGCCGUCGUGAUCUUGCUCAGGCACUGGUCAACCGUGGCGUCACCCUGGAGCCUGUCGGCAAGUGGUCCAAGGUUGGACUGCAGAUCUUUGACUCCAAUGUCCCGCUUGGUGCCACGCCAGAGUACCUGGGUGGUCAUUACAUCCUCCAGGCAGCAUCCUCGUUCCUCCCCGUCAUGGCUUUGUGCCCUCAGGAGAACGAGCGUGUUCUGGAUAUGUCCGCUGCCCCCGGAGGAAAGACGACACACUGCGCAGCGCUGAUGAAGAACACGGGCGUCAUCAUCGCUAACGAUCCCAACAAGGCUCGUUCCAAGGGUCUGAUUGGAAACAUUCAUCGUUUGGGUGUCAAAAACUCGAUAGUAUGCAACUAUGACGCCCGUGAGAUUCCGAAUCUGAUUGGCGGCUUCGAUCGAGUUCUGCUCGAUGCGCCGUGCUCCGGUACUGGCGUUAUAUCCAAGGAUCCCAGCGUCAAGACGAACAAGACAGAGAAGGACUUCAUGCAGCUGCCACACGUGCAGAAACAACUGCUGCUUGCGGCUAUAGAUGCCACCAAAGUCGGGGGUUACAUCGUCUAUUCGACAUGUAGUGUUACAGUUGAGGAAAACGAGCAAGUUGUCAACUACGCCCUAUCCAGGCGAUCAAACGUUGAGCUGCUGGAGACAGGACUUCCUUUCGGUAAAGAGGGAUUCACAAGCUUUAUGGGCAAGAAGUUUCACCCAAGCGUAAAGAUGACCAGGCGUUAUUAUCCCCACACAUACAACGUCGAUGGCUUUUACGUCGCCAAGUUCAAGAAGACAGGCCCUACGCCGGCGAAUGCUCGUGGUGGAGCAAGCAGCGGCGAGUUUGCUGCCAACUCGAAUGGCUCCAAGACUGCAGCAGCUGCCGAGGACGAAAUGGAAGUUGACAAGACCCCCGUCCAGGAGACGGAAGACGGCGCCAAUGAUGACUUUGGUGGAUUCGAUGACGAUGGAGAUAAGGAAUAUAUGGACCGGGCCAAGAGAAAUGCAAUGAGGAGAAGAGGUCUGGACCCGAGGGCGUUGGAUCGGCCCAAGAAGGCAAAGAAAGCAUAA